AUGCAGUUCAAGGAUUCUCUUCUUUUGUUGACGGCCCUGUCCGCAGGCUCGGCCGUCGCUCGCCUUCACGGCCAUGAGCGUCGCCAUGCUCAUGCCCACAUUGGAGACGUCGCCCAGGAGGUUGAGCAGGAAGUCCCGGCGCCGGUCGUCACUCCUGCCGCUGAGAUGGCUUCCGAGUUGAAGGCUCGUGCUGUUGGUGAUGUGGUCUAUGCCACCAUCGAUGGUGUUCUCGAGUCCUGGAUCAACGAGUGGGCUGGUGUGGUCUCCUCUACCUCCACUUCGACCUCAACCUCCAUCUAUGUCGCCCCUACCACCACUGUUCAGCCUACCACCACCUCCACCCCCGCUGCAGUUGAGCCCACUACCUCUGCUGCUGCUUCCACUUCUUCCAGCAGCAGCUCCAGCAGCGGUUCCAGCAGCGGCACCUGGUACGAGACCCCCUCCGACGGUUCAUACUCUCGCUCUGGAUUCGGUGGCUCGACUGCUAGCAAGUCCACCGGCUCCCUCGACUGGGACUACGUUGGCAACGUCGGUAGCCCCUGGGGUAGCAACAUCAUCCAGGUCGCCGAGUCCGAGGCCAGCCAGUACAAGCACGUUAUCCGUUUCGAGGGUAGCAACAGCGAUGACUGGUCCGUUGUUUUCUGGAACACCUACGGUCCCAGUGGAAAGAUGGACGGUUUCUGGAGCCCCAACAAGGCUCUUGAGUUCACCCUCGCUCCCGGUGAGGUCGCCUAUGUCGCCAUCGAUGACAACUCCCAGGGUGGCUGGUCUGCUGGUCAGGGAUCUGUUCCCGUCUCUCUCAUUGGUGAGUGGGCCGGUACCUGGGGUGAGUUCGAUAUGAGCAGUGAGAAGAACGACGGUUUCUCCGGCUGGGAUGUUUCCUCCAUCAUUGCCCAGCUCGCCGGCUUUGAUGUCCAGGGCAUGCGCAUUUGCAACCACCUCGGCGCCAGCUGCUCCAGCAUUGCCACUGGUCUUGCCAGCCUUCUCAACGCCUACACCAGUGCUGACCAGGGCAACCCUUCGCUGGCUGUCUCCCAGGCCGCUGGUGCCGUCCGUCUCGUCGUCCAGCUUGACUGGUCCGAGUAA